AUGGGCGUUCAAGGCCGGGUCGUGGACUUCACCAUCUGCGGUCCACCGAGGACCGAACUUCCGAAGUUUCUAUAUCCGGAUUCUUUGGUACCGCAGACAACUGCAGUAACACAGCAGUCUGUUGGAGGACAUUUUGAAAGUACUUUAGUCCAAGAUAUUUCAAAUAAUCAUUAUACAAUCUUAUCUACGUCUUCAACGAGUACAUCAACGUAUAAAAACGGCUCAAAAAAAAAACUAUCGCCAUUAGGACAUAGGAAAUAUGGUUUUUAUAAACUAAUGGAAUGGACGAAUGAAACAAUAUUAGAUUUAAUACAUACAACCAAUGAUGGGAAAUAUAUUUUAGCUGAUGCUGAACUGAAUGAUGGGUCUUUAUCUGACGAUUUUCAGAAUUUACUCACACAACUUUUAAUAAACCAUUUAUUUCAAGACAAUAGCAAAGGCACUGAUCUAUAUUUUAGAAAAAUUGCCGAUUUAAUAGUCGAAGUAUUUCCUAAGGAGCAAAAGAGCGUUUACUUUAUACCGGCUAAAACAGAAGGUGCACAUCAAGCACAUGCUAAAGGGAAAUUGAUCAAACGAUGGAAAAAUGUGGAUAGGCGACUACGAUCAGUUGGUGUCUUAUCAAGGUAG